AUGGUCUACGCGGUGCAUCGGUAUCUCCUCGUGGCAAGUGUGGCCCUUAUGGCCGUGCAGCUCGAGCCGACUACGGCUACGUCGCUCUACUACGGCCCCGUGACUACAGCCAACACAACGGAUGAGAUCAGCAGCAAAUUUCCAGCCCGAGGCGCUGAGGUGGCCGACGAGGACUGCUCCAUUACUGUUGAGGUGGACCCGACGAUGCCUGAUAUCGCGACCAUCUCGACAGUCCCCGUGAUCUAUACGGACCUGCUGGCGAACAUGACGACGGCUCCAGCGGAGGCAGUGUCGACAAAGAUUGGCACUGCUGUCCUGUCUGAAGCGAUUCCGACGCUCGAAGCUGACCAAGAUGCGUACACGACCACCGCCUUCAACGCGACAUCAUCUACUGUCUCGCUUAAGACGGGGUUCCCAACCACGACUACCACUGCACCACUCACGGAGGACGACGAUCCCGAAGACAAGCUCAACUGUGCGACUGGAUGGGAAGACUCCUCGAGCCGCAAACUACAGGGACAAAGUGCGGUCAAGCGGCACCUCGAAGCGAAUACGAACGUCGACAUUGCAAAACUCGAGGCUCACUUCGGCACACGAAUGGAGAUGAAGCUGGACAAUCUGCCUGCUACGGGUGUCCAUGCGACUUCGCCAUGGCCUGGUCCAUACUGGCCUACGUACCAAGACAGCAUCAAUGCCGUCUGGAGCCCUGGACAGCCAAGUGCCGCUGAAAAGUACGCCAAGGCGUUUGGCUUGAAUGCCCACGACUUCAUGAACAAGAUAUCCGCCAAAAACGGCGUCGACUCGAUGCGCAAUCGUGUCAGGUGCUCGUCGAACAACGAGUGCUCGUCUCUAUCGGACAAGAGCGUGUGCGCAAAGCGUGCAGGAGUACACGUGGGCUACUGCGUCCCGACUUGGUUUGGUAUCUGCCACGCCUGGGCACCCGCUGCUACGAUCGAGGAGGAGCCGCGGUGUGCCGUGACACAUAAUGGGGUGACGUUCCAGCCGAUCGACAUCAAAGCUCUGAUCUCGACCGUCUACGACGGCGCAGCGGUGCCCACGGUCUUCACUGGCACGCGGUUCAACGGCGGCCAUGACUCGGAGGACAAGUACGGUCGUCACUCGAAUGCCGCCUACCGUGACCUGAAUCCGGCCUACUUCCACAUUGCUACUACGAACAUCUUGGGCAAGCUCAAGCAGACGUUCGUCGUUGAUAUCACGGCUGGAGCAGAGGUGUGGAACCAGCCUGUGCGCGGCUAUAAAGUGUACGAGCAGACGAAAAUGUCCCUGCAGGACGCUGCAAAGACCUUCUACGGCCUCGAGGCAUACCCGUGGAACGCUGCGACCAAGAGCAUCGUGUACAUCAAGAUGCGUCUGUCCUGGAUCUAUGAGACGUACGUAAACGGUGGUCUGGUGUCUUCGGGACAGGUUGACAAGUACACUACGGGGGCCUACUACACGUAUCUCCUCGAGCUGGAUAGCAACGGAUUGAUCAUUGGGGGCGAGUGGGUGUAUGACUCGGACAGCAACCAUCCCGACUUCAUUUGGUUCCCGAAGUCCAAGCCGGCGGCCAACGCUGUCACCAGCACGGGGCUGAAAUACGCAGAUGUGGCCAUGCUGCUGAAGAGGUCGGUGACUUGCUAG